UGCAUGGGGCAUGGCUGGAUGGUUUCCUGGUGCUCAGUUCUUUCCCUCACAGUCCCUGAUUAGGCAGCCUCCUUUCCCUAGCACUAGCAUGCUGUGCGGUCACAGAGUCCCGGGAGCCGAGGUCCCAGCGAAGGCGGAGGCACAGACGCCGCCACAGCUUCUAGUUUUUCGGCUGGGCUCGCCGAACGGAGAGUCAAGUGCAACCAUGCCAAUCCCACCGCUGAUUUUAAGCCUGGAUCUGGUCUUCUGGAGAGCGGCGGCUGAACCCAUCAGAAGCCCAGUCAAGGGGCCGCCCCUCACCUCCUGGAGAGUUGAUAUGCAAAACAGUUACGUCAGAUGUGGGGGCGGGGCACACCGGGGUUGACAAGCAGCCCGGCUCUUGCCGAGGGAGGAGGCGCGAGAAUCAGCCUGGUUCAGUGACUGAGACAAACUGGACGUGAGCGGAGCUGGUGCUGUCCACAGUGUGUCGGUGCUGAACCCGGGGUGUGAGCGGAUCGCCAGCUUGGGCACCUGGAGGCAACGCCCACUGGAACCCUCUGUGCCUGGUGGGACCCGCUUCACCAGCAGGACCCAAUUUAACUUGACAAAGGAGUGCGACUCGGACGUGGGAGAGACUCCUCUGUUUGCAACCCGGGCGCCCACUCAGGCGUGACUUCAGAGAUUUCUGUAGUUUUUGCUCAAAGUAUUUCGAUUUUUUUUCCCCCAAACUAAGACGAUCUUUUCAUCCAUUAUUUUCUUCUUCUUCUUUUUUUAUUUUUAAAACUGUGACUCAUAUUUCCACACCGCUUAGGAAUCUUCUUGGGGGACUUUUUUUAUUAUUUAAAAUAAGGUGAAAAAUCAAUAAGGAUGUUUAAGUCCUGGACAGCUGUUUUGAUUCUUGGAUGCAUCUUUCUGGAGUCCGAAGGGAGGCCAACAAAAGAAUCAGGAUAUGGCAUUAAAUCUUAUCAACCUCUUAUGAGAUUACGACAUAAGCAGGAAAAAAGUCAAGAAAGCUCAAGAAUCAAAGAAUUUCUAAUUCAGGAUGGCCCUUUUGGAUCUUGUGAAAAUAAGUACUGUGGCUUGGGGAGGCACUGUGUCAUCAGCAGAGAGACAAGGCAUGCAGAGUGUGCCUGCAUGGACGUUUGCAAACAGCACUACAAACCCGUGUGUGGAUCUGAUGGGGAAUUCUAUGAAAACCACUGUGAAGUGCACAGAGCUGCCUGCCUGAAAAAGCAAAAGAUCACCAUCGUUCACAAUGACGACUGCUUCUUUAAAGGAGACAACUGCUUGGCCACUGAGUACAGCAAGAUGAAAAGUAUGCUUUUAGAUUUACAAAAUCAAAAGUACAUUACACAAGAAAAUGAAAAUUCUAACGAUGAUGACAUAUCUAGGAAGAAGCCGUUGGUGGAUCAAAUGUUCAAGCAUUUUGAUGCAGACAGUAAUGGACUUAUAGAUAUUAAUGAACUAACUCAGGUGAUUAAACAGGAAGAACUGAACAAGGACCUUUCUGGCUGUACUUUGUAUGAUCUGCUCAAGUAUGAUGACUUCAAUGCUGACAAGCACUUGGCUCUUGAAGAAUUCUAUAGAGCAUUUCAAGUUAUUCAGCUGAGUCUACCUGAAGAUCAGAGAGUAAGCAUUACUGCAGCCACCGUGGGACAAAGUGCUGUUCUGAGUUGUGCCAUUGUGGGAGCCCUGAGACCCCCUAUCAUAUGGAAGAGGAACAAUAUUGUUCUAAAUAACUUAGAUUUGGAAGACAUCAAUGACUUUGGAGAUGAUGGGUCCUUGUAUAUCACCAAAGUUACCACAGUCCACAUGGGCAAUUAUACCUGCUAUGCAGAUGGCUAUGAACAUGUACAUCAGACGCACAUCUUUCAAGUGAAUGUUCCUCCUGUCAUCCGGGUGUAUCCAGAGAGCCAGGCCAGAGAACCAGGGGUAACUGCAAGCCUUAGGUGCCAUGCAGAGGGCAUACCAGACCCUCAGCUUGCCUGGCUGAAGAAUGGAAUUGACAUUACACCAAAGCUCUCCAAACAGCUCACACUUCAAGCAAAUGGCAGUGAGGUCCACAUAAGCAAUGUGCGCUAUGAAGAUACUGGAGCAUACACGUGCAUUGCUAGGAAUGAAGCAGGCGUGGAUGAAGACAUCUCUUCCCUUUUUGUGGAAGAUUCUGCCAGGAAGACCCUAGCUAACAUAUUAUGGAGAGAAGAAGGUCUUGGAAUUGGGAACAUGUUCUACGUUUUUUAUGAAGAUGGAAUCAAAGUGAUACAACCCACAGAAUGUGAAUUCCAGAGGCACAUUAAACCCAGUGAAAAGCUCCUUGGAUUUCAGGAUGAAGUCUGUCCCAAAGAUGAAGAGGAUGAAGUGCAGAGAUGUGUGUGGGCUUCUGCUGUUAAUGUAAAAGACAAGUUCAUUUAUGUUGCUCAGCCAACUUUGGAUAGAAUCUUAAUUGUUGAUGUGCAGUCUCAAAAAGUUGUUCAGGCAGUGAGCACAGACCCUGUACCAGUUAAAUUACACUAUGACAAGUCACAUGACCAGGUGUGGGUGCUGAGCUGGGGCAGCAUGGACAAGACAUCACCAACUCUACAGGUGAUAACCCUGGCCAGUGGGAAUGUGCCACACCACACCAUCCACACACAGCCAGUGGGGAAACAGUUUGACCGAGUGGAUGAUUUUUUCAUUCCCACCACAACACUUAUUAUCACCCAUAUGAGGUUUGGAUUUAUUCUUCAUAAAGAUGAAGCAGCACUGCAUAAGAUUGAUCUUGAAACCAUGUCCUACAUCAAAACAAUUAACCUGAAAGACUCAAAGUGCAUUCCUCUAUCCUUGGCAUACACUCAUCUGGGAGGAUACUACUUUGUUAGCUGCAAGCCUGACAUCACUGGAGCCCUUCCACCACAGCUUGUGGUGGACAGUGUGACUGACUCAGUCAUUGGCUUCAAUAGUGAUGUGACUGGCACCCCUUACACCUCUCCAGAUGGACACUAUCUUGUCAGCGUUAACGAUGUGAAAGGCCUUGUGAGAGUCCAGUAUAUCACCAUCAGAGGAGAAAUCCUGGAUGCAUUUGACAUCCAUACCAACCUGCAUAUAUCUGACCUGGCCUUCCAGCCAUCCUUCACAGAAGCCCACCAGUACAACAUCUACGGCAGUUCAAGCCAACAAACGGAUGUGCUCUUUGUGGAGCUCUCCUCUGGGAAAGUCAAGAUGAUCAAAAGCCUCAAAGACCCUCUCAAGACAGAAGACUGGCCCUGGAGUCAGAAGAACAGGCACAUCCAAGGCAGUGGCCUGUUUGGACAGUACCUGAUGACACCUUCCAAGGAUUCUCUCUUCAUUCUGGAUGGUCGCCUUAAUAAGUUAAACUGUGAGAUCACAGAAGUUCAGAAAGGAAAUACUGUCGUUUGGGUUGGAGAUGCCUAAGGAGCCCUGUUACCUAAUUAUGGAGAAAUAAUUUUACAGUACAUUGCACUUGGUCCUUAUGUAAAUUACAGCUUAUCUUUUCCAAGUUUAUAUUCUAGUCAGAACCCCCUUUGUUUGUCCAAAUAAGCUAGAUUUUUUUUACAAUAAUAUUGGCAGAUUAGAAAUAUUUCACACAAUACUUAAUUAGCAAUUACAACACUCACAAAAAUCAAACAUGUAACUAUAUUUUGAACCAAUAAAAUGAGAUUUUAAAAUUCUUUUAAAAAUGUAAACUGCAGGGAAUUUCAGAUGACCUAAGCAUCAUGUCAUUUUUUAAGGCAUUUUAUUUUUUCUCUGUCCUUUUGCUAUGCUUAAAUCUGAAAUAUAAGGUCUUGUGGAAACCUUAAAAUUCUUAAUUCAAAAUACUCUGUCCCGUCCACUGUUUAUAAUCUUUUGUGCCUUGAAGGAAAUGUCAUAGGAGAAAAAGGAAGGCUAAACUCUGCAUAUUGGACAACCUCAUAGCUAUGAAUCUACUGUUAUUAAGAGAUGUUUAUAUCUUGCGCCAAAUCCUGCCUUCAGGCAUUUGUUUGACCUUCAAUGAAAUGUCAUGUGAAGGCAUAAUUUGGCCUCAGGCCAUAUACAGAUGAGAAACUAUCCAGCAUUCACUGUACAAUGUGCAUUUUGCUAUAGAAAAUGGACAGGAAGGGAGAAAAAUAUGUAUGUCAAAACCUUUUGCAAUGUAUUGUGCAUAGAUUUUACUUUCAUUCACUAGAGUGCAUUAGGUUAUCGGUGCAAGUUUAUCUGGGAAUUCAACUGCUUACAGAAGAUUACAUUUUUUAGGACUGAACUUUUUAUGUAGCCUACUGUUGCAUAAGUCAGGAACUUCCUCAGUUCUAGGAAAGGAGCAUUACUGCAUCUGCACAAAACCCACUGGUGAUAAAGAGACAGACAGUGAGACAGAACCGAAACCACUCUUUGCAGUGCGGUUGCCUCCAGCCUUCCCUUGGUCGGUCCAAAUAAGAUGGAUGCUUUUUAACAGAAAGAGGAUAAGAUGAGGUCACAGUGGAGAGUGGAGCUAAACUCCUCCAUUGCUUUUGCUAUUCAGAUAUAUCUAGCAAAGAAGCCCAUCCUUCAUCAUUUUUCCAAAAUGACUUCUACUCCUUCACAACCUAAAGUACCUUCUCUCUAAAUGUGUGCUCUAGCUGUGACCCAACUGAGUCUCUUGAGACAUUGUAGAGAAGUAAAACUGACUGCCUUUUUCCUCUUUAAUAAAGGAGACAAUAGAAGACCAGUAGAAAUAGACUAAUACCAGUAAGUUGGGUUAUUGGAAUAGGAGAAAACUACCCUGGUUUAAGGAAAUAGUAAUGGUUUGAGAAACUUUUCUACUUAUUUUUCUUCUUAUUGUUGUUAAAACUCCUAAUGAGCUAUUGAAAUAAUGUCCAUUUGCUGAAGGUAAUCCAAUAAAAUCUCUUUUUAAAUACAAAUUUUACUCAAGCUUAAAUUGUGUAAAACUGCAUAGAAUCCUGGAAUUUUAUAGUGUGCACUCUCUUGUGUGUAUAUAGCACCCUGGGCUGUGUGAUAAUAGAUUUCUUCUUAGCUUAAGGGAACAUUAAGGGAGAUAGAUUUAAUAAACAACAAAAAUCAGCUUAUGUUUUUACUGAUUGAGUCUGUUUUACUCUUUCUAACUUCCUCCCCUGUGAACAUGAAUCAUGCAAUGUCUUUGUGUUAAUGAUUUGGUGUAAGUCUGUCCUGUACAUGUACAUCCUUCUUUAGAAGCUUAUACCAUGUGGAUGCUGUCUGUAGUCAUUGCUUGAUAAAAGAAUAAACCUCUUAUGUUUUA